AUGGAAGAAAAGGGCCUUGCUGAGUAUGUGGAGGACAGCAAAUACCAGGCUCCUACCGAGUCUUCUUCAGAGAAUGACCACCAUGCCACUGCUUUCUGCUUCGACCCUGAAGCCGAAGGCCGAUUGCGUCGAAAGAUCGAUUGGUAUAUCGUGCCCACCGUCUCGCUUAUGUACCUCUUCUGCUUCAUCGACAGAGCCAAUAUCGGAAAUGCCCGCCUUGCCGGCCUCGAAGACGACCUCAACAUGGCAGGCUACGACUACAACACCCUCCUCUCCGUCUUCUACAUCUCCUACAUCGUCUUCGAAAUCCCAUCCAACAUCGCCUGCAAAUGGAUCGGCCCAGGCUGGUUCCUGCCAGCCAUAACGCUCGCCUUCGGAAUCUGCUCCGUCGGAACCGCCUUCGUCCACUCCUUCGACAGCGCAUGUGGCGUCCGCUUCCUGCUCGGCAUCUUCGAAGCAGGCAUGUUCCCCGGAAUCGCAUACUAUCUCUCGCGGUGGUACCGAAAGGCCGAACUCGCCCUGCGCCUCUCCAUCUACCUCGUCAUGGCCCCGCUCGCCGGCGCAUUCGGCGGCCUCCUCGCCUCGGGGAUCCUCAACCUGACCUCCUUCGGCAGUCUGCACACAUGGCGCAUGAUCUUCGCCAUCGAGGGCAUCAUCACCAUCGGAAUCGGCGCCCUCUCCUUCCUCACUCUAACCGACAGACCAGAAACCGCCAUCUGGCUAUCCAAAGAGGAAAAAGAACUCGCAGUCGCCCGCGUCCGCUCUGAAUACGAACACGCCGGCGCGCGCGAAGUCCUCGAUAAACUCGACAAGAAGAAACUCACCCGCGGAAUCUUCAACCCGGUCGUCCAGGCCACGUCGUGGAUCAUGCUCUUCACCUGCGUCACAGUGCAGGGCCUCGCGUUCUUUUUGCCCACGAUCGUGCGCACGAUAUACCCCGAGAAAAGCACCAUCCAGCAACAGCUCCAGACCGUGCCGCCUUAUAUCGUCGGUGCAUUCUCGACCAUCCUAAUCCCGUAUCUGAGUGGAAGGUUUAACCGCCGCAUAGGCCUUUUCAUCGUCACACCUAUCUUCAUGAUGGUCGGAUAUAUCAUGUUCCUGGCAACUGAUAACUCGCGCGCGCGGUAUGGAGCAACAUUCCUAAUCGCCUUCGGCUCGUUCCCAGUGGGCGUCCUCACGACCGCCCAUGCAUCAGUGAACGUCGUGUCCGAUACUGCUCGCGCGGCGGCAAUCGGUACCGUCGUGAUGCUAGGGAAUAUCGGCGGGCUAGUGGCAACAUGGUCCUUCCUCCCGUUUGACGGGCCGGACUAUCCAAUUGGCAAUGGAUUGAAUCUUGCUACGGGGUCAACGUGUCUUCUCGUUGCGGUUGGGAUGUUGAUAUGGUCGAAAUGGGAUAAUAGGAGGCGAGAGGCGGCUGAGAGGAGUGGAAGGAGACUUGAUGGGCUGAGUGCGCGCCAGAUUGAGGAUUUGGAGUGGCGCCAUCCGGCUUUUAGGUGGAUGCUUUAG